GCAAAAUGGCGUCGGACCCUGGCUUUGUACCGACGGCUGUGAAUGUGGAAAUUGAAGGCGAUAUAACUGUGCCUGGUGCCCCGGAGGAAGAUGAAGAACCUAGCACUCUAGAUGAACCAGUUUCUGUAACUUUAAAGCGAGAUUUGACGGCAGUUAGCAAGAAAUUCCUUCAUGUGCUUGUUCCAAGACAAAGUAAAAGCCUGCUACGUGAUUGGGAUCUAUGGGGUCCUUUAAUUCUUUGUGUCCUUCUAGCUAUGAUGCUUCAAGGUCACACUGUGGUUGACAGUAACAGUGAUGGAGGACCUCAAUUUGCUGAGGUGUUUGUGGUGGUCUGGGUUGGAGCUCUGGUUGUCACCGUGAAUUCCAAGUUACUGGGUGGAACAAUAUCCUUUUUCCAGAGUGUUUGUGUUCUAGGAUAUUGUAUUCUUCCCUUGGAUAUAGCACUAACAGUCUGUCGGUUGAUUUUAAUUACAAAGCAAACACUGGCAUUAUUUGCUGUCAGAUUCAUUGUUGUCCUAUUAGGAUUUGCUUGGUCAACAUUUGCUUCUGUGAAGUUCCUUGGUGACAGCCAGCCGGCUAACAGGAAAGCACUUGCAGUUUAUCCAAUAUUCUUGUUUUACUUUGUCAUCAGUUGGAUGAUUAUUUCCCAUUCGGGCUGAAUACACGAAGCAUAAUGCUUUCUAACGAGUUGGCAAACCUCCCAGUCGAAGGUAGACAGAGUACCCCCUGCUCUAAGCAGAAGUAUUGUAAGAAGUGCCGGAGGGUUUGGGGGCUGUCAUGUGGGCAAAGAGUAUUUCCUGACCCGAGCAAACGAAGGCGAGUAGGAAAAGCUGUGCAAGGUUGUUCAAAGCUGGUUCCGAUAUGUCGCUCGUUAUCUAGAGGGGUGUGACUCUUGUCUUUCUAGUCUCUUUACCGCUAUUUGUCACCAGUUCUACGGUGUAUUGUUAUAUUCGUUUGGAUUGUGACGCAGUCAUAUUACUGCAGGAUGAACCAACGUAACGCUUACCCAAAGAUUUUGCAUUAGUUUUGUUUAUAACCUUUUCGGUCAGAAACUCGUCUCUUAAAAUAAUCUUAAGUUAUACAAGAAGCAUGUUAACUGAACGGUAAUAUUUGAUGUAUACACUCAGUAUGAAAAUUUUUUAGGAGUUGCUCCGAUGACGAUUACUGUCCAGUCUUAUCCCUUUGCAUUCAAUAACAGGAAUUUUUGUUUCAAAAAUGAUCAUAGUGACUCGUCAUGACAGCGUUAUUUUAUAGAGUAGAAAAAAAGUACUUACGGUGAAUUUGAAAUCGAUAUCCCUUUUUUUGUCCUUUGGACAGAGCAAGUGCUUGCGAUCGGACUUCUCUCUUUUCUUAGGUACAUUUACAAGGUCUAUGAAACAUUAACGAAUUUAGAAUGUUAAGAAAAUAAAAGAAACCGAACGAAACGAAAAAAACGACAAAAAAAAUGUUAUGAAAUAUUUAAUCAAUUGAGCAAGUCAAACGUUAAGAAACUGUUGGAAGUUGUUUCACGAACAAGAAUAUUGUGACAAUUAAAGAAUGAAGAUUUUUACUGACUUUAAAAGUACGAAGCCCUAUGUAGUGCAUAACCGAAAUAAAACACUGCUACAUUGUUAUUCGA